AUGGGUGGUGCGCCUUCUUUCAAGCCAUUCACCAGAUUUUUCUUAUUCUUCUUCGUCCUCCCCACCACAAUCAUACUCCUUGCACCGACUGCUGCUGGUGAAACCCCAUCUUCUCCUUUAGGCUGGACCGAUUAUGAAAACGCCACGGGAAAAAAUCCGCCUCCGCCUCCGCCGCCAUCGGGAAGUCAACGUGGCGGAGGAGGAAGAGGGUCUCCGUUUAAGCCGAGCGUGGUCGUUCUAGUUGGGGUGAUGACAACCCUGUUUUUUCUUACCUUCCUCCUCCUCCUCUAUGUUAAGCACUGUAAACCAGAGGAGGAGCCGCUAAGGAAUUCGCAUACAAGCGCUGGUUAUUCAGGGAGGAAGAACUCCGGCAUUGACAGGGUGGUGAUCGAGUCGUUACCCAUUUUCAGAUUCGGAUCGUUAAGGGGCCAAAAAGAGGGGCUUGAAUGCGCCGUUUGCCUGACCCCGUUUGAGUCCGUGGAGGUUCUUCGGUUGCUUCCAAAAUGCAAGCACGCCUUCCAUGUCGAGUGCGUGGAUACGUGGCUGGACGCGCAUUCCACUUGCCCGCUUUGCCGGUACCGGGUCGACCCAGAAGACAUCCUCCUGGUUGGGGACGCCAAAAUUUGGCCGCAGAAUCAACCCAUUCCACCGAUACAAGAGAUUUCUGAAAAUCCGCAGCAUUGUACAGACAUAGAGAGCGGCCUUGGACCGGAUUCACAGAAUCUGUUCGAUUCAAACUCGAUUCUAAGGCGCGUCUCCGGGAGGCACUCAUCCGUAGGCGAGAGAGGAGGAGGAGGAGGAGGAGGAGGAGGAGGAGGCUGGUGGUGGUGGGCUCUUAAAGAUUAUAUUCCAGCAUCGAAUCAGCGUGGACGGCGAAAACGACGCCGACGCCAAGGCAGAAGAAAACGGCGCCGCUUAGGAUGUCACUGGACAGUGCAAUGUCGACGAAGAGGAAAAGAAACGAGACCGGUAAAGCAAGGGAAGGCAGUGAGUGCGAUGGCGCAAGAAAAGAUGGGUUACUGCUUACGGAGAAGGAGAAGAAGCACAGGGUGGAACACAGGAUCAUAG